GGCAGUUUCCUCACUCGUUCCUUUUAUUUUGGUGACACUUUGAAAGCUGUGCAAUUCAGGCAAUUUGCAUUUUAUUUUGUAAUUGUAUUCUAUUUAUUUGCUUGAGCAGUAUUCUUGUAAUUCAGUUUUAGUGACUAUUCUGGCAGGCGACUGCCCUUGCUUCCUAGAACGGCGAACCUUGGCAAUGGGAAGGUUUGCAUUUCUUGCAUCAAUAAAAUAUAGCAGUACCUCUGUUGGAUUCCAAUGUUGCACACUAAUUGUGGUCCAUUCCUUGUAUUGCCACACCUGGCCUGGACCUUGCUGACGAUCGACUUUCUGUUCCAAAGAAGUUUGCAGGUAUUUUGCAGACGGCAUAAGUGAGGCACACUUAUUUGGAGUAGCUUGCUGUUGCAACAAAGGAAGAAAACUGAUUCUGAAAGAUGUCAGUCAGUGACAUGUGUGAGUAAGACUAAUUUUGUUCUGAUGACAAAAAAGACUGCGUUUUGAUGUUUCCCAUGCAGAAAAAGUAGCAGCCAUUUGCUGCAACCUUCCCUUUCUGUCAGCCAGAUUGCCUGCAAAUGGCUGACCUGCUUUAGUCGUUACUGUAGAAGCGGAGAUAAUAUUGCAGUACAUAUUGUUUCGAUUGAAAACUUUGUAGGUUUUAAUAAAAUGGAAUUAAUCAGCUGAAUAAGUUUUGGGAUGCUUGCCAUAGGCAUCCUGUUUCAAGCCCUGCGUAUGUUCACAAUAUCUUCAGACAAUUGCUGGAUGCUUUGGAUUUACCAGUGGUAUAAAAUGACUCCGUUCCCUUUUCAGAUUGCUGUAAUGAUGUUGGCAGUCCUUUUUCACUAGGUUAAUUGAUUGCUAACCAGAUGUGGAGCUUUUUAGAAAAAAAGCUAAAUUCUGAGAAUCAAGGAGAAUACUCGUAUAAGAUCACCCGGUAAGAAUGAAUCUGAUGUUUCAGACGGAAAGCAGUGAUAUCUCCUACAGGAAGUAUUAUGAUUUAUCAUCAUUGAAGUUUCCAGAACCUACUCCUAUUUUGUCUGCUUUGGAGGAUGUUUUUGUUACAGCCUACAAUUUCCCAGAUAGCCAGCCUUCUGUCCCCAAAAAGCAGAAUUUUGAAGACCAGAAAGUUCAUGUUGUUUUUGCAACCAUACAGCUUGCAUGCUAAUUGGCACAGUGCUACCAGCAGGAUACAGCAAGUAUUUUAUUUACAGUUGAUGCAUUGAAAAUAAGAUGAUUUUUGAAUACAGUGAAAAAGUCUUCUCUUCCGUUGAUGGUGCAUGGAGUUUUCUUUUUCCAGGCUGUAUAUGGUGAAUGCCACUGGUUCUAUCCUGAGUGAUAUCUGACCUCUUUCUUCUUCAAGGUGUCAAAACAUUCUCUUGAAAGUAUGUUGAAUUCUCAGGCAUACUGCUUACCUACUAUGGUACCCAGUAGCUCUGCUAUUAGUGUUCCCAUUGAUACAAAUUCUGUGGAACAAAACACAGACACCAAGUCCAUCUUCCUCAACAAGCCUUUCAAGUGUUCUGAGUGUGGAAGAUCUUUUGUUCAGCUGACUGAGUUAGAGCUCCAUGAAAUGUCACAUGCUGCUGAACGACCGUACAACUGUGAGAUGUGUGGGAAGGCAUUCGCACAGACCUCUGCCCUGGUGAAACACCAACGUGUCCAUACAGGUGAAAAGCCCUACAAAUGCCCAGUAUGUGGCAAGAUGUUUGCCCUGUCAUCCGGUCUGGUUCUGCACAAGCGUAUUCAUACUGGUGAGCGACCUCACACUUGUCCAGUCUGUUCAAAAAAAUUCAUUUCAUCUUCACACCUUGCCUUACAUCUGCGGUCUCACACAGGAGAAAGGAAGUACAAAUGCGGCCUGUGUGGGAAGCUUUUCUUACAGUCAUCCCACCUUGUCAGGCACAAGGCAAUUCAUACAGGGGAAAAGCCAUUCAGAUGUGAAGACUGUGGUAAAAAUUUUGGACGUGCAUCCCAUUUGAAGACUCAUAGAAGAGUACACACUGGUGAAAGACCAUUUCAGUGUACACAGUGUGAUAAAGCCUUCACGCAAAAGGCAGGCUUAAUUUUGCAUGUUCGCCUUCACACUGGGGAGCGUCCUUAUAAGUGUGAUAAAUGUGGCAAAAACUUCCGCUCCUCAGCUCAUCUGAUGUCUCAUCAGCUAUUGGAAUCUGGAGAAAGGAACUACAAAUGUACGCUCUGUGAAAAGGCAUUCAAACAAGCCUCAUCAUUAAAGCAGCACUUAAAAACACAUGAGGAACGUGAGCCUCAUCACUGCAGUGUGUGCCACAGAGCUUUUACAAGAUCGUCUUAUUUGCAGCUUCAUAUGAAGACUCACAGUGGGGAACGUCCCUACCAUUGUUUGCUGUGCAAUAGGACCUAUGCCAAAAUGCCUACUUUUGAGAAACAUUGUAAGAAACACCAGCAGGAUGAAGACAAGCAGAAUGUUCGUGCUAGCAAAGGAUCAAUGACCACCAGGGCCAAAGCACUGGCUGAAAAGAAAAUAAAUGAAUCCUUAGACAGUAAUACACAGAAGGAAGAGGCAAGAUGUGAAUUUUCUGUUAAUAGUGACUUCAUGCCUGUUUUGAAAGACAUUGAAGGUUUCAUGUGCUCUGAUGAUCAGAUGCUGUGACUGACUGUGAAAGGUUGCAUUACCCUGGUCCUGUUUGAUUGUUCAUAUUUAUUUGCCUUGCAGUUUUUUUUUUGUUUGUUGGGGGGUGGGGGGGUUGAUACAGCAUUUAGGUAUGUAAAGUGUUAGCACUGCUGUGUAGUGGUGACAGUGUUCAUAUUUUUGCUUCCCACAAAGCAUUCCUGUAGCACUUAGUGCCGGGCACUCCCUGCUGAUGACUUUGGCUAAGCCUCAACACAGUUUGCUUGACAUUUUACACAAUAGCAUUGUAGUUUGAGAUAGGAACUAUUUGGAGUUGCCAUAGCACCUGAUAUAAUACAGUGUUUCAGAAACAGAAAAAGUAAACAAGAAUUAUCUCACAUUUUUGAUACAGUACUGGACUGACUCCGUAUGGUAUGAUAUGCAUGACAGAAACAUAUUAAGCGAAGAUUGAGAAGGUCGGGUCUGUAUCUUUUUUCUGCCUUUUAAAUAAAUUGGGCACAACUACAAGAUCUAA